GAAUGCGAGCGUCUUUACAAGGAGCUGGAAACUUGGAAACGGAUUGCCCAAAACGCAGGUCUCUCUCUGCCGCAGCAAAACAAAGAUGAGCCUGCCUCUUCGACCUAAAAAGGGUCCCUUCCCAAGAGUCUCAGCGUCCUUAGCUUCUAGACGUUCAAUCCUCCCGCCAGAAACGCCAUGUUUGCUCAAGGCCAAGGACACUUUAGGGGCUGUCGUCUCAUCUCAUGCUUCGACUCGGUCCCAGACUGAGAUCUAACCGGAACCCAGCGUGUCUGCAUUCGACCCAGGCCUCCUACACUCAGGUUCAGCAAAGUUUGCAAGUUCAGUCUAAUUUGCGCCUUCUUAUCUUACUCCCCUUCUUGGCAAAACCCGGCCUUUCGCAGAUUAAGAUGCUCACUUCACGGCGCGUAUCGCUCCGAGGCGCCACCGCAGGGCGAGGUGAAAGGGCUAGCUGUGCACUCUCUUCUGGCCAACCGGCGCAACCCAUGUACGGCCACGGUAUAUGGGUAGAGCCACGCAAUUACCCAAUCGCUGAGUUCCGCUCAGAAACCCAAAGGAAAAAACGCUUCAAACGGCCUACGCUGUGGUCCUCCUGGCGGCUCACCUCGGGAACCCUCCUUAACGCGGAACGACACACGGCAAUGGGGAGCGGUCUGGCGACGACACCGCUGACUAGACCACGAGACAUCACGCCGCACCAAAAGGGACGGCAAAAGAAGAAGCUCUUCAAGUCUCUCACCCCCGAUGCGAAGGUGGUCACAGAUCUUCAAGGGCCAACUGGCCAAAUUUUUUAUUUUUUUUUUAUUUUUUUUCGGUUGCACAAGAUGACUUUGGGACUGUGGCCGUCCCAAAUCAAAUCUCACGCGGGCGUUCGCAUUCAAUGGACAUGUCUCCCAGCGGUGACGUGAUCAGGUCAGCGAUAUGCCGUCUUUCCCUUUCUUAUCUUAGUGUCUUGUUUGCAUGUUUUCAGGUCUGGUGUU